GAGAACUACUCAUGUUCUCUGUGGUCAGUAGACCUCUGCGCAGUUUGAGAGUCUACGGCGUUUUGCGUAAAUCUACAGUCGCAAUGGCAGACGCUCUGGCUAAAAUCCCCGAUGUAGAGAUUGAUCCAGAGGGAACUUUUAAGUACAUACUGGUCAGAGUAAAAGCGAAAGAUGGCGAUGUGCAUAAAGACAUUGUCCGUGGCACAAAAAAUGCCGAAUAUCACAAUCAUAUUUUUGAGAAGGUCAACCCUGCUAUGGAGUCCUUGGGGAUGGAGUGCAAAUGCCUUGGAGGAGGAAAGAUCGAGCACAACAACCAAGAGAAAAAAAUAAGGGUGUUUGGAGAAUCCACUGCCUUUGGAAAAGCUGACCAUGCUGUUUCUGUGGAGAAGCUGAAGACUUUCUUCAGCGACUAUGAGAUCACCUGGUCAGACGACAAAAAAUAGUUGUAACCUUUGUGACAUUUCAAACGUCCGCCUUUAUUUAACAGUUCUGUGAAUCAAACCACAUAAUGAUGCUUUAACUGUUCUGUAACCAUUCAAAUACAGUCCUUCUGCAUUUCACAUUUGGUUUCUUACUCAAUGAAAGCACAAAUUCUGA